AUGCCGGUCGUCAAGAACCCGGCCAAGAAGAAGGGCCCGUCGCUCGAGGAGCGCAUGAGGAUGGUCGCCGCGGCGGAGGCCAAGGCUCGAAAGGAAAAGAUGAAGAAACGCGACCGGCGCGGCCCCAUCACCAGGUUCAUCGAGUGGCUCCCCAAGUGGUGGACACGCGUGAACGAGAACAACACGUCGCUGUACCUCUUCCACGAGAAGUCGCGGGUGAGGCGCAACGCGUGGAGGCUCAUCCGGUGGAAGUGGUUCGAUCGCACGGUCAUGGCGGCCAUCGUCGUCAACUGCGCCUUCCUCGCCAUGUACGACCCGACCCAGCCAGACGAUUCGAGCGGGAAUCAGAUGCUGAACCUGGUCGAGAUGGCGUUCACGGUGAUCUUCACCGUCGAGUUCGUCAUCCAGAUCGUCGCGAGGAAUUUCCUCAUCGGUCCCGGGGCGUACCUCAAGAACCCUUGGUUCUUCCUGGACUUCAUCAUCGUCGUCGCGGGCUGGGUCGCGCUGAUAUUCACGAUCGUCGGGAUGGCGGGGGGAGGGAACGUGUCGGGGAUACGAACCCUCCGCGCGCUCAAGCCCCUGCGCACCAUCAGCGGCGUCCCCGGCCUGAGAGUGCUGGUGACCACGAUCAUAGACUCCAUGCCCUUCGUGGGCAACGCGUGCUUGAUCCUGGUGUGGCUCUUCUUCGUGUUUGGCGUGGUGGGGAUCGAUAUGUUCGCCGGGGAGCUGACGCACAGGUGCUUCACGCACGGCGGCGAGGUUCUCAUCCGCGAGGAGGCGAACCUGCCGUGCGACCCCGGGGCAGCCGGUCGGCUCUGCGGCGUCGGCGAGUUCUGCCUGGACUCGGGACUCGCGCCGAACAGGGGGUACACCAGUUUCGAUAACAUCCUCUGGGCGUCGCUCGUCGUGUUUCAGACGAUCACGAUGCGGGGCUGGAGCGACGUGAGCGACAAGCUGGAGGCUGCGACCGGUAACCCCGACCUCGUCAAGGUGUUCUUUGUCGCGGCGGUUUUCAUCGGCGGAUUCUUCGCGAUGACGCUGAUAACCUCGGUGCUCAUCGCCGAGUUUCACAAGACGUCCGUGCUGGAGCGAAAGACCGGGACGGCGCAGGACGGUAAGGCUGCGCGACGGAUGAAGCGGCGGUUGAACCGUAAGCCCUGGUUCAUCCGCGCCAAGCGGUUCCUAAAGAGCGAGUGGUUCUACCAGAAGCCGCUCAAGGCGCUGGUGACCAACAGGUGGUUCGAUCGGUUCGUCACGCUGCUCAUCGUCGCAAACACCGUCACGCUGGCGUCGGAGUACCACGGAAUGGACCAGAACCUCUUCGAUUUGCUGCAGCAGAUCAACGUGUUUCUCACGCUCGCGUUCGCGCUCGAGAUGGUGCUCAAAGUUUUGGGCCUCGGCGUGCUGGCGUACUGCAGCGAUCGGAUGAAUUUGUUCGACGCCGCCAUCGUGAUCGUGUCCAUCGUGGAAAUGCUGUCGUCGCAGUCGUCCAUGUCGGUGCUGCGCGCGUUCCGCCUGGUGCGCGUACUACGAUCGGUCAAGUUCCUGCGCCAGUACAAGCGCAUGCGACAGCUCAUGGAGAACAUAUCGCGGGGUCUGAGGGGCAUGCUCGAUUUCCUUCUCCUCACGUUGCUCUUUGUGUUUAUCUUCUCGGUGCUUGGCAUGCAAAUCUUCGGCGGUGGUGACGGUUUCGCGGGGCAACGGAAGAACUUCGACUCGUUCGGAAACUCGUUCUUGCUCGUGUUCGAGAUGCUGACGGGCAGCGACUGGUACAACGCGAUGUGGAACGGUAUGGACAGCGAGGGUAAGUGGGCGGCUCUCUUCUUCGUCGCGUGGAUGCUUCUGGGCCACUUCAUCAUACUUGACCUCCUCCUCGCGAACAUGGUGUUCAACUUCUCUCUCGAGACGGAGGACGAGCGGCUGGAACGCGAGGAGAAGGAGCGUCUGCAGAAGCAGAUUCUCUACGGCGAUAAACGCGAUCUAACCAGAACUGGGGGGGCUGAGGUCAUCACCGAGCGAAUGACCACGAGGAAGAGCAGGCUUUUUGCCAAGGAAGCUGCCGCCAUGCGCGUGUGGCUCCGGGAAACCGGGCAGAGCUAUGGCGACGACGACGACUGGUCCUCCGACGAGGAAGAGGACACGAAGAAGAAAAAGCGCGCCCCGACGCUGUACUCGACGACGGACGGGGGCGAGACCGACGGUGAGACCGACGGCGAGGGGGAGCCGCGGGAGGAUGAAUCCUCUGAGGACGAUGCCGAGGACGGAGCCCCCGAGGACGAGUUCACGACUCAACAGGUGGAUCCCCAGGAGGAGCUGAAGAAGACCUUGGCAGUCGGCGUGGCGGUGCCGGUGAACCAGGAGCAAGUGGAGGAGGCGGAGCGAAAGACCGUUCAGCUGCACGGCGCGAGGCGGCCGCUCGACAAGUUCAGGGCUGCCGCAAACAAAGCCAUCACCGGUAUUCGCAUGGCCGGCGAUAGGUGGCAGGAUCCAAACUACGACGGUCGCUCCACCGCGUCAUCGCCGGAGAGUGGCUCCAUGUCGUCGAGGAGUCAUUACACCGACCUCACUGGUCUUGAAGGCGAAGAGCUCGAGGAUGCCAUCCUGCAGCAGGACACGGAGCGGAAGAAGGCUCGGCGACGCGCUCUGAUGACCACGGUGUCCAAGCUCGUGAACAGAAAAUCCAGGCGGCAGCUGAUGGAGGAGGAAGAAGCCGCCGCCGCCGCGUCCGUCUCCGGCUUUGACACCAGCACCCUGCUCACCUCGACAUCCGGCCGCAGAUCGAGCUCCAGGACCGGCACGUACUCGAACAUCAGCGGCAGCGUCGACGGUACCGGCAGCGUCCUCGACGAUAUCUUCGCCGACACGCUUCAGAGAGCGGAGGCGCAGGGUCAGAACCUGUCGCGCGAGGAGGUCGCCAGGCGAAUGGGCUGGGACCCGUCCGCGCUCUCCGCGGUGGGAACCAAGACAGACACGGUCCUAUCCGGGUCCUCUGGCGAGGAAGAUGACGGUACCGAGUUGUCCUACGACGGUGGGUACGGAGACUACGCUUCCAGGGCGCACGAGCUCGGAUUCGGCUCCCUCGCCGCGCACGGCAGGGUCGGCCGGGCGCCGUCCAUGAAGUCGGGAAUGUCUUUCGCGGAGAAGACCGCGCGGCUGGCGCGGGAACGGAGCAGCGGGAACGUGGGCAGGUACCAGGGAGAGGGGGUCGACCCGGAGGUUGCCGCAAAGCUUCGAGCCCUGGGAAUCGAGAGCGGUGAGCCGACGACGACGAGCUCCACCGCGUUGCCCUCGCCCGACUCGUCGCGUUCGCCGAGCACGCUUCGGCGCCGAUCGGCGUCGAUGUCGUCCGAUCGGCGGGGGGGGACGAGAGAAGACGUCUCGCACGAGAACACGCCCCCUCUACGCGAAUCCGGAAGAGAGUGGAAGAGCCCCGAGGCGGCAAAAAUGGCGGCAAAAACGGUCGGCGCGCGGGUCGCCGCUCAGCCCCGCGCGCGCGCCUUCGGCCGAGCCCCGGCAUUCCCCGGCGCGACCGAAGCGCGCCCCGGCGGCGGCGGCGCGAGGGAGGCUCUGCGCAUGGUCCCUCCGGGCGUCGAGGACCGAACCGAUGCUACUUCGGCGUUGGAGGGCAUGUCGUCGUCCGGCGGCGGCGGCGGCGGCGGCGGGGGCGCGACGGAUCGGGGCACGCCGCCACCGAAGGCGCCGUUCACCCUGGAUCCCGAGCCGGCCGCCGGCUCCGCGCGGAAGAAGCCGGCGCCGUUCGGCGCGCAGGUGCGACAGAGGCGCGAGGGCGGUCUCCUCGACAGGCUGUACCGCAUGGUGGCUCAGGGGGCGCCCCCGGAGGGAACCGCCGCGCUCGCGCCGGUGGAGGGUUCCGAGUCGCGCGUCACCAUGGGCCGUCGCGCGGCAGCCGCGGGCGCCAAGGGGGGUAUGAACAGGAUGGGCAUCCCGGCGCCGACGCUCGCGGAGCAGCUCGCGGCGCUCGGAGCGAGAGACGAGGGCAAGACGUCGUCGGGGCCCGGGCCGGUCACGGAGGCUUACGAGGGCGACGGCGACGGCGACGGCGACGGCGAACCCUCGUUGAUGGCGAGGAUGCACGCGGCGCGGCAGAGGGGCCUGGUGAGUCGGCAACAUCGCGAGGGUUUCACGCCGGAGCAGACGCGGGGGCGGGCGUUUGCGCAGCUGAUAUCGGCGGGCGCAGGCUUGAUGGGAUCAAACGAGAACCUCGCGGGCAUGGCCAACCAGCGCCCGGCCAGCGCGGGGGGCAGGACCCGCUUCGCCAACGUGCCGCCGCUGAAUCUCGACCCUCUUCGUGACGGCAAGGAGAACACCAGCGCGCCGGCGACGCCGUCGAAGAAGCCCCCGUCGAGGACGUCCUCCGUCGGCGCCGGUCUCUCCAUGGGCGUCUCGCUCGCGGCGACGCGGGUCAAGACGCAGGAGCUCGCCAAGGAUAUGAUGCAGCGCAUGGAAGCUCGACGUCUGGAGAUGGCGAAGAUCCAGCCCAUCACCAACAACGACGUGCUGCUCGAACCCAUGACGGAGGAUCUCUGCUUGCCCCACAUCGGGGUUGUGGUUCGAGGCGGCGCGGCUGACGGAAAGCGGCGCAUGGACGGCGUCCCCGAUCGCGACGUCAUCGUCAACCUGCCCGCUAAGCUGAGGGAGCGGCCGAAGCACGCGCAGAAGAAGGUCGGGGAGGAUAACAUCCUCACUGGAGGCGAGGCGCCCCCGGUGUACAUGAAACACCGGAGCCUUUUCGCGUUCUCGCCGCAGAGUCCGUUCCGCCGCGUCGUGUUCAUGAUCGCGUUUGACAAGAAGUUUGAGUACGUCGUGCUGCUGCUCAUCUUCGCUUCGAGCAUCGCACUCAUCGUGGACGACCCCUCGGUAAAACCGGGUUCGACCACGGACGAGGUACUCCGCGGCUUGGACCUCUCGUUCACCACCGUUUUCUUCAUGGAGAUGUGCACGAAGAUCAUAUCGAUGGGGCUCGUGUUGCACCCGGGCGCGUACUUGAGAGACGCGUGGAACUGCCUGGACGGACUGAUCGUGGUCACGUCCGUGCUCUCACUCGUGCUCAACAGCUCGAGCCUGACGAUCGUACGGAGCUUCAGGAUCCUGCGCGCGUUGCGACCGCUCCGGAUGGUCAGGCGCCUGCGAGGCAUGCAGAUGGUCAUGGCCACGCUGGCUCGGUCGCUGCCGCAGAUCGGCAACGUUCUGAUAUUCGGCGUGUUCCAGUUUGUGGUUUUUGGCAUACUCGGCGUACAGGUAUUCGGCGGGAUGUUCUGGCGGUGCACAGACCCGAGCGUGACCCACGUUGACCAGUGUCAGGGCAUGUUUCAGGGUCCUGACGGUAACUCGCAGCUGCGACAGUGGGUCAACCCAGUGCUAAACUUUGACCACAUCGGGAACUCAAUGCUCUCGCUGUUCGUCGUCACCACGAUGGACAAGUGGUUCGAGAUCGCGCACCGCGGCAUGGACGUCACGGAAGUGAACUACCAGCCGGUGGCGAACGCCUCAUCAAUCAACGUCCUCUUCUUCAUAGCGUUUGUCCUCCUAUCGUCGCUUUUCUGGGUGUAUCUGUUGGUCGGCGCGCUGAUCGACACAUACCGGCGAAUCGCCGCAGCCACUGGGGAGAUGGUUUUCACCACCCCGGGGCAGCAGAAAUGGGCGGAGGCGCUGAAGAUGAAGCAGAGGCAGAACGCGGCGCUGUACGUGGACAACCGCGAGCCGGUGUUUUUCAUCCGCAAGUGGAUAUACAGGCUGGUGCAGUGGAAGUGGUUCGAGAUGUUCAUCAUGGGCUGCAUUGGAUUCAACGUAUUCAUGAUGAUCCUGACGCACGAGGGCCAGCCGUCGGGUCUGACCUCGGCGCAGGACAGCCUCGGCGGUUUCUUCACGUGGAUAUUCGUGAUCGAAUGCGCCUUGAAAAUGUUCGGCCUCGGCGCAAAGAGGUACUUCAAGGACCCGUGGAACAGGUUCGACUUCAUCGUCGUCCUCGGGUCGCUUCCAGAGAUAUUCGGACAGGACAUGGGCCCCGGCGCGACCCUGCUGCGGACCUUCCGCCUCGGCAGGCUCUUCAGGCUCCUCAAGGACGCGGCGAGGCUGCGCUCCCUAUUUGCAGCGCUCGUAGACUCAGUUGUCGCCAUGGGUAACGUGGGAAGCCUGCUGUUUCUGCUAAUGUUCAUCUACAGCGUCCUUGGCAUGAACCUAUUUGGCAAGAUGGAGCACGGGCAGUUCAUCAAUGAGGGGGCCAAUUUUGAGAACUUCGGGAACGGCCUACUGGUGCUCUUCAGGGUGUUCACCGGCGACGGAUGGUCGCGACUCAUGGUCGAUACCAUGGACUGCGACCUGGUCGAGGGGUUCAUGCAGGGCGACUACUACACCAAAUGUUACGGUUCCAAUUUCGCAGCGCCGUUGUUCUUCGUCACGUUCAUCUCAUUCGCAACUUUCAUUUUGCUGAAUCUCUUCAUCGCCAUCAUGCUCGACAAGUUCGUCGACGCGGCGCAGGGCGAAGGACUGUUAUCCACCGCUUCGUUCUUCGACCUGCUGCAGCGCAAGAUGCUGCUGGACGGGUUUGUUGAGCGACUGAAGCAGAGGCUCGAGGAGAACAGGAUCCGGCUCGGCAUCAAGAAAAAGUCUGGUAAGUCCAGGUAG